AUGAAUGCUUAUUUGAAAUAUGUUGAAGUCUAUGCUAAUUUUUCUAGUAGAUUUAAAGAGGCCAUAGAAGCUCUAAUUUCUGAGUCUUUUUCUCCAUAUAUCUAUCAAGACCCAAAAUUCCUUUAUUCUAUGAGCAUUCAAAUGGAUAAAACUGAAAUUGUUGUAUACAACAUAGAAAAGUCUCAACAAGCAAAAAUAAACAUUAAUUUAUCUGAGUUUUCAACCAAUGAUGAAGUCAACGUUGUUCAACUCCCCAACAAAGAGCUAUUUUGUAUCGGAAAAAAGAAGGAUCUUGGUUAUGCUUUUAUAAUUGAUUUAAAUUCAUAUGAAAUCAAGCGAAUUUUACCACCUACUACCUAUAGUAAUAGAUCAGGAAUCUUUUAUUAUCAGCAAAAUGUUUAUAUAUUUGGUGGACUUGCACGCCUUAAGGUGAAUAAAACUUCUCAAGGUCCAUUUCCCUCUAUUUUUGGAGCAGAAAAUGAUAAUCGAAAAUUUGAUUUGAUAAAAAAUAAAUGGUCCUCGCUACCUCCUUUGCCUAGCUGGCAUUGUACAUCUAGUUCAGCAGUGCCUUUUAAACAAAGAAUUAUACUUUCAGCCCUUGAGUUUGAGUAUUUAUAUGAAUAUGAUAUCAAUCUUGAAAGCUAUAAUAAAUUUGAAUUCUAUAUGGGAAGCACAGAAAAGCUCUUAAUUGCAGGAAAUUCAAGAGUCUAUUUAAUUGAGUCUUGGAUAUGUAUGUGAGAAAGCGAUUAUGACAAUGAAUAUGUUUGGAAAAAAAUUGGAGAAUUUAA